GAGUGGAGGGGAGUGGAGGGGGGCGGUGGCUGUGUAUUUAAAUCUGAGUUUGGGAUUGGGUUUCUUUCAGCAGCGAUCAGAAACUCGUGCAAAGCCCAUCGGUGCUGGAGAGCAGAGUCUGAAGGCUGAGGGCUGGUGUGUUGUUACCGAGUCCCGCACAGCCCCGGCCAUGGUCAGUGGGGUGUCCGCGCUGCUGCUCUCCGCCAUCGCAUUGGCACAGUUGGUGCACUCGCAAGGAACAGGGGACCACCAGAAGGACGCGGUGCGGACUGUGUGCAUCAGAGACUUCUGUUACAUUUUGCAACAGGAAAGCAGAAAGUUUAACAUGGCCAGAAACCUCUGCAUCGACAGAAACAGCGAUGCAAUGACCGUCCGGUCCGCGGAGGCCGCCGAAGCCCUCUCGCAGUUACUGCAAAGCGCUGCCGUUCGGGGCACCAACUUUUGGAUCGGAUUACAACUGCACCGUAAGAAGUGUCCCAACAACGACACAGAGCUGAGGGGUUACCAGUGGAUGGACGGCGACACCGACACCGUCUACAGCAACUGGAAGUCCGUGUCUCCGGACUGCGGAUCGCGCUGUGUGACCGUGUCCAGAGACCUGACUUGGGAGGACCGUCCGUGCAACGUGAAGGCGGACGGGAUAGUGUGUGAGGUCGACUAUAGCGACGGGAUGUGUCCGGAGCUGCACAUCGCGGGCGGCUCAGUGGUGUACAGGACUCCUUUCGGCGCAGAGAGCUCCGAUCUGUCACACGUCCCCCCGCAAACCAUCGCCUCGCUUUCCCCCUCGGGAUUGCGACUCGAGUGCGUGGACAAGGUGUUUGGUGUUUGGAGCUGGAAUUCCCAAACCCCCGGUCCCUGGGAAUGUGAGGUGGACGGCGAUGCCUAUUCCCGGUGUCGCUGCCGCCCGGAAUAUGAGCUGAAGCGGGACCAGCGGGACUGCUCCAUCAUUGAGCACUGCAGAGGGCCGUCCUGUCACUAUCUGUGCGUGGACCGCUCUGGCGCCGUGUUUUGCACGUGUCGAGAUGGCUAUGAACUGGACGAGGACGGCAGAAGCUGCAACGAGAUCGACGAAUGUUUAAGGAAACCGUGUGCAGGCGAUGAGAUCUGCAGCAACACACCGGGAAGCUUCUCCUGUCACUGUCCCACCGGUUACCGUAAAACCGACGCCCACACAUGUGAGGACAUCAACGAGUGCAGCAGCGCGGCAUUUCCCUGUGCCCACAAGUGUGGGAACACCCUCGGCAGCUUCACUUGCUCCUGUUACUCCGACUUUCACCCUCCUGCUGAUGACUUCACUAAGUGUGUGCUUUCCUGUCACACCCCUGAAUGCAAACCCCAUAAAAAUGUAGACGGGUAUCACUGCCCUGAAGGAUAUAUUUUAGCCAACAGUAAUACAUGUGUUAAGAUACUGUGUGAGAAUACCGAGUGUGAGUAUGACUGCAUCAACUCAGGUGGGACUUACACAUGCACCUGCCCACUGGGAUCACAGCUCAAGGAGGACGGGAAAUCGUGUGAAGAACAAGAUGAAGACGGAUCAGGCAGCAGAGAGAUUACUGAGAGAGUUCCCACACCAUCAUCGCCCACGAACCGCACUGUAAUAGCAGGCGCUCACAUCACACUCGCGGCUCUCCUCGGCAUCAUCUUCUCCAUCGCAGUGGUGGUUUUGGUGCUGGCCUGUCUGGGACAUCACCUGCUCAAAAAACGUGGGAAAUGGCAAGCAUCGAGCAAGUACAAAUCCCCUAAGGAGGAGCAGGAUAUCAAGCUCUCUCAGGUCCUCUCUGCCGGAGAUGUCCAACAAAAGCAAAGCCAGUUUACUGAUGAGAAAGCUGAGCUGAGGACCUGAAGAGUGCCUGAGCCACAGCUCAGACUAUAACCUUGUUAUAAACAGGGACAAACCUCUAUGUGAAGUCAUUAAAGCUACUAGAUUUGAAGUUAUUUACAAAACUGUAGGCUGUAAGAAUGCUGUUUUAGCUUGUUAAAUUAUAGCACUACCCCAAUACAUGCUUUGGGGCCCCCAAGACUUGGGUCUUGCCAACCCCUGCUUAAUACUCUGGAAUUAAGUGAACAGAAUGCCUUUCUUUAGGAGAGAGUGUGCAUUGCAUUUCAGACACAGGUAUAUCCAAGUGUUCAUUCUUGUUCGGGUAAUCUUAAAAAUGAUGAUGGUGAUGGGUUUCCACAUAUGUCAGGCCCUGGGUUGACCAAAACAAAAUGAUGUGGGACAUCUGUACGUUUGGGUAGAUUCGGUUUAAAUGUUUUCAGUGGUAAUUCAAUUUUAAAUGGGUGUAGUUUUAUCUCUUACCUGAUGUUUCUGUAUGCAUGCGUUUGAUUUUCCUUAGAAAAUUGUUUGUUUAGACUCCUUAAGGAACUGGCGGUUUAGUUUGCUUGGAUCGGCAUGUUGGGAAACAACACUUGCCAAUACUGUGUCCACCAGUCCUGUCAGGAACUUUGAGGUUACAUUGUUUGGAGCAGAAAUGUUAUGCAAGUAAACUAUGACUACACGUUUAAAUGAAGUACAUUGCUGCCGCCAAUCCAAACAGCAGAGGAUUCCAGAUGUCAAGGGAAAGCAAAACAGACCUGGUAACUGUAAUCUUGAAGGAAAAUAUUACUGAUGUGUCACUGCAGUGAGAAGGUAUGUUACAGUUGAGGCCAGCAAUAAUAAUAAUCCUUGCAUUUGAUAUCGCGCGUUUUCACAUCUUC